AUGGAAGGGUCUGUCCUUGGCAGCAGGAGCAGGGAUGUGCCGAUCUCAUCGACGGCAUCCACCAACCUCACGAUCGAGCUGGGCCACGGCGCUGGAUCUGAGGUGAUGGCCCGUCAGGGUGCUACCCAGACGCCGCCGCCUGUUCUCGACUGGGCCUCUCUGACCACACCACACAAUCACGAACGACACGACGUCUCUGCACACCGCACCACCACCACCACCGCCACACCGCACCUUGUAUCGACGUCGCCAUCGAUAUUGACAUUGACAUUACCAUUGAUAUUACCAUCGACAUUACCAUCGACAUUACCAUCGACAUUACCAUCGACAUUACCAUCGACAUUACCAUCGACAUUACCAUCGACAUUACCAUCGACAUUACCAUCGACACCGCCAUCACACCACCACCACCACCACCAUCGCACCAUACAUCGACUGAGCAAAGCCACACCGUCCCCGUCCAGGCUAUCCAGCCCAGCCCAGCCCACGCACUUUGGCUUCAGCAGCAGCCCGCACCUCCACCUCCACCUCCACGUCCGCCUCGUCGCCAUGAACGAGCGCCCCGGCACCAUUCCUAGCCCUGCCACGCCCCACCACCCACGCCGCCCGCCCGCCCACCAAUCCGUCUCGCUGCGACACAGCCCGGCCGCCAAACUCGACCGCGCUGCCUCCACUCUUACCGCCACCUGCCACUCGACCACGCUGAGCACCUCGCCCAACGUCCCUGCUAGCGACAAGGCCAAUCCGCCUUCGACCGUCUCGCCGCGUCUGCAGUUGAACAGCCACAGCUCGGGAGAGAGCAGCGACGCCGCCGGCUGGUUCGACCGCACAAACAAUCACGACCAUGUCCCCCACGACGCCUCCUUUGUCGACAACGACCCGCCCUUCCUGCUCCACAACUCAUCCUCGUCGGGGCGCACCCCGCCCGAAGCCCAGUACAUGACUGCCGCCUCCGUGCCCUACCGCCCUGGUCUGAUGAAGCUCGGCACCGACGCCAGCAGCUCCGAAGACUUCCGCAGCGUCAUCGACGACCUCACCGUCGCCAACAAGAAGCUGAAGCGGAGGCUGAGGAAGUACGAGCGCGUCUACGAUGCCCACCUGCAGGACGACAAGCUGUUCGAGGUCAAGUUCCACCGCCUGCCCGACCACAAGAAGAAGGAGCUGGAAGAGACGUUGCGCAAGUUUGCCGCAGGCCUCGACGACGCCUCUGACAUGCCUGAAAUCUCGUACGCCCACGCUCCUGCCCUGAACAAGGAGGCCACGGGCUCGUCGAUAUCUCGUCUCGCAGAGUCGGGCUAUGUCUCCAUGUCCGCCUCUGGCCAGAACUCGUCCACACCCUCCAACAACCCCUCGAACCAAAACACCGAUAACCGAAAGAUGACCAAGUCGGCCUACAACCGCCAACAGCAGAGCAUCCAGUCCUAUCUCCACGACAUCCCCCGAGGCUUGCUGUCACAUGGCAAUGCCCCCUUGUCGGACAAGGCGAAGAAGAAGAUGAUCGUCCGACGCCUGGAGCAGAUCUUCGCUGGCAAGCGCUCGGCGCCCGGAAGCCAUCCCCAACCCAUGCAGCAAGAGGAGGUCGCUCAGUCCGCAGCUACCGCCGACCGACGUGAGCGGGAAGCAAUCGGCCAAGGAUUCAGACCAGAGGGUCUGCGCACAGCCCUCAUCAUGCCAGAGCAAGGUGACAUGAAAGAGGGACAGAGUACCCCCAUCUUGCACAUACCCGCACAGCAGCGUGUCAAUGAGCAAGACUUUGAGCCUUCCGGCUCCGGCUCCGGCACCGGCUCCCCCGACCAGCGACCUACACGGCCUCUGGAUUUGGACCCCUUCCGUGCUCAGGUCCCCGCCGCAAACAUGGACUACUUCCGACAUCUCGGCUUCUCGCCACCAGACAUGAUGACCAAUACCUCAUCAGAGCAAGGACAUGGCUGGCUGUACUUGAACCUUCUCAUUAAUAUGGCGCAACUCCACACGCUCAACGUCACGCCUGAAAACGUCAAGGAGGCUCUUGCCGCGUAUAGCACCCAGCUGGAAGUGUCAAGUGAUGGCCGUAAGAUUCGAUGGAAGGGUGGACAUGAAUUCAGCAACAACAGCAGCGACGGCUCACCCGAACAAUCUGGUGUUAACUCGCCGUAUCAAGCCAUGGCAGCACAGGGGUCGCCCCAGAACAACCCCAAACCCGGUCACAGCGCCAGCAUGGAGAGUGGUUACGGAGGCUCAGAACAGUGGGGCCGCAACAUGGCCCCUGCUGGACAAGAGACGGAGACGAGUUUAUUCGCCUACAAGCCAUUGUUCUUCCGGACCGACAGCUCGGAAGAGGACCGGGAUCUCUACGACUCAACCGGGUCGACAAUUUCCUCCUUCCAGCCCCAGCAGUGUGGCGAUUUGUCGGGCAUGGGUACCGUCAUACAGAGUAACAAACCCACCAAGCGACGUGAUGACGGCCCUAUGAUCUUUUACAACAAAGCUAAGUUUUGCACCGACCUCACGGGCGACCGAGUAGGGGCUUCCUUGACGCUACCCGAGAACUACAAGGCAGUCACAAGCCAUCCUCUUGGUGCACUGCUAAACACGGAAUCUAUCAACGGAUCCGACAUUUGGGAGAGCAGAGGCCCCUUGGAAGAUGCAGGAACAGACGUGGAUUCCCGAAAAGGAACGCAAACUCCAUCUACUGGAGAGAGCAUCGGAUUCUCCCCCGCGGGCCUACAGAAUCAUUUUGGUGCCGACAGCCCUGACCUCAUGGACUUUGAAGCUUCGGGCUUGGGAGGUGUGCAGCCGGACGACAACUUCUCGAUCCGUGUACAACGUUCGCAAAUCCCAUCGGCACCCUCAGACAUUCAGCCCAACCGCAGGGCAUGUCUGUAUCCCUCGAAGAUUCAAGCCAUCCUGGGUGAAGGGGCGACGCCCCAAGACGCAAGGUGCCGUUCGUCAAGCCCCAAGAACACAAUCGAGGAGAAGAUGAUCUCAGCGGUCCGUCAGAAUAUGCCCAGCUCUGUCCUGCCGCCAGCGUCUUUCUUUCCUUUUGAUUCCGCUUCUUCCGGUGAACUCUCGGACGACGAAGACGAAUCAUCAAGUGGUGACUACGACACAAACGAUGGUCCCUCCACGGCGCUGCAGCUUCUCAACAUCGCUCCUCCACACGCUAAACUUGCUAGCGAACAGUCCGGCAGUACCUCGGAAGCGUCUGAAUACUCCGAUGACGAUGAUGAUGAUAGCAGCAUUGACCUCUUGGCCACUGCCCGUCAGCAAGAUCCAGACACAGUCCGCGCAUUCGAGCGCGAGUAUGACGCUGCGGUUGCAGACCGUCUGGCCGAGGAGAUUGUAGCCGGCAGUUCGGCAGCUACCGCAGGCGGUGGCAGUGGGUUCAACAGUCCUGCGAGCGAUGCGGGCGAUCUCUCAAAGCAGGGAAGUAGGCGCAAGAGCACCCAGGCUGCUCCAAGUACGACGAGUGCCAACAGUCUCUCCCCUCGGAGCAAGCACCUGAAACGCGCCAGAACGACUGAAUCCCUUGCUACGGUAGUGAAGAACGGUUCAAAGGCGCCAAAGAGUCGGAGGACUAGGUAG